GUCAUUUGUUAGGAUCAAAAGGCUUUGCCAAACACGAUCUGGUCACGUGUGUCGACUCGUUGUGCAAUCAUGAGCGCUCGGACUCGGCGCCUGCAGCAGGCCAGUGGCUACAGCGCAGGUCGUACUGGGCUCUGGCAGUGACAGUUCUCCCGUCCCCACCCUCCUCGAACUUGGAAGUAUGGCGCCUGUCAUGACUCCCAUAGAUGGCGAGUCCAAGAAACGUGUCUGUUACUUCUUCGACUCGGAUGUGAGCGGCUUCCACUAUGGACCUGGUCAUCCGAUGAAGCCCACACGAAUCCGAAUGUGUCAUUCACUGGUGAUGAACUAUGGCUUGUACAAGAAAAUGGAGAUCUUCAGAGCCAAACCUGCAACGAAGCGCGAAAUGACUCAGUUUCACUCCGACGAAUAUGUCGAGUUUUUGAGUCGCAUCACGCCCAGCAACAUGGGCAAUUACACAAAGGAGCAACACAAAUAUAACGUUGGCGAUGAUUGUCCAGUGUUCGAUGGCCUGUUCGAAUACUGCUCGAUUUCAGCGGGUGGUUCUAUGGAGGGUGCUGCUCGCUUAAGUCGCGAUAAAUGCGACAUUGCAGUCAACUGGGCGGGCGGACUCCACCAUGCGAAGAAGAGUGAAGCUAGCGGCUUCUGUUACAUCAACGAUAUUGUCCUCGGAAUACUGGAACUACUACGAUACCAUACGCGUGUUCUCUAUAUCGACAUCGAUGUUCACCACGGAGAUGGCGUUGAGGAGGCCUUUUUCACCACAGAUCGUGUCAUGACCUGCAGUUUCCACAAGUAUGGCGAGUUCUUCCCUGGCACCGGGGAGCUGCGGGAUGUGGGCAUUGGUAAAGGGAAAUACUAUGCUCUCAACUUUCCACUUCGAGAUGGCGUCACCGACGAGAACUACAAGAGUGUCUUCGAACCGGUAAUCCGAUCUGUCAUGGAGCAGUUCGAUCCGGGAGCUAUUGUAUUGCAGUGCGGUACCGACUCGCUCUCGGGCGACAAACUAGGGUGUCUCAACCUGUCCAUGAAAGGUCACGCAAGUUGUGUCAAGUUCGUGAAGUCUUUCAACAAGCCCUUACUCAUCCUUGGGGGUGGCGGGUACACAAUGCGUAAUGUCAGUCGAUGCUGGGCGUACGAAACGGGUCUUGCCGCAGGCGUGGAGCUUGGUUCUGAAAUCCCGAUGAACGAGUACUACGAGUACUUUGGACCGGAUUACGAGCUUGACGUCAAGCCAUCCAACAUGGAAGACAUGAAUAGUCCUGGUUAUCUAGACCGUGUCAAAGGUAUCGUCCUGGAUCACCUCAGACAAGUUGGCGGGCCACCGAGCGUGCAGAUGCAAGAUGUACCCCGGAUACCCAUCGACGAUCUCAUGGACGAUCCCGACGAGGACGAAGAUAUGAUCUCCCGGGAUGAACGACGACCGCAACGUUUACUGGAUUCGAGGCGUCAAGCAGAUGGCGAAUUGUCUGAUUCCGACGACGAAGGGGAAGGCGGUCGACGUAAUCAUGCUAGCCAUGCGGAACGCGACACCGUCGCCACUGGAGGUGGCCGUCGUGCGGCAGUAGGCAUCAUGACCACUGGCACUACGCAUGGCCUUGGACCAAGCGCGACGGCAUCUGUUGCUGCAGGUGCUGCGGGUCCGAGCAUGACUGCUGGGUCGUCGGGACAGUCUGACAUGGACAUCGAUGAUGACUCCUCUGUUGGACGGACCAGCGUCGCUGCCAGAGCCAGAUCAAAAUCAAAACCUCCUGCUCCUGCUCCGACGAAUGGCAUGGCAGUUGAUCCACCGGCGUCGAGUGCAGGAACCGGCUAGUCGUGCAGGAAAUUUCUGUUGGUGUACUAGUAUCAUUGCGUCACAGUUUGGUCGCUUGUUGUUGUAUUUGCUCUUCGACUCGCUCAGUAAUGUUAUGCAUAAUCGUGGGACGAUCA